CAUCUGCUCCAAAUCAAUCCGGCUCGAUGGAUAAUGCUAUUCGUUUGCAGAAAGCACUCGCUGCCGCCUGCUGAGGCUGACUCUUCCCAGUCGGUGUUCUGUUCCAAAUCCCCACCACGUUCAACCAACCAUCUGGUUGCCUCCCGAUCGCACCCGACGGUUUUCAGACUUCAGUAAGCACCACGCCGCCGGGAAGGAUAGACUUCGUUUGUCAUGCUUACCCUCUGGAUACGACGUGCUCUAAGAAAGAGGUGAGGGAUGACUUGCGCCGUGGGCAAAAGGAUUUGGGACGAAGAGCUGGGCGGGAGAGGAGACGGCCAACCGCAGUCGAAGAAACGGAGGUCAUCGUCGCCCGACAGCAAAGAAGGCCCGCUGGAGAAAAGGCGUCUGCGGAGUCCCUUCAGGCCCUGGACUCCGGACAACUUCGUUGACGACGUCCCGGACGACAGCGCGUUGUGUCCGCCCCCGCAGCGUCGAAACUACAAAAACAUGAGUCGGGAACGACGGAUCGAAGCGAACGCCCGGGAGAGGACCCGGGUCCACACCAUCAGCGCAGCUUUCGAGACCCUCCGGAAAGCCGUCCCAGCUUACUCUCACAACCAGAAAUUGUCCAAACUCUCCGUCCUCAGGGUGGCCGCCUCCUACAUCCUCACCCUGUCCAGGAUAAUAGAACAAGAUCGCACCCCCAGCGAUAAGAACGCUCCGUCUCUGCAGUCUUGUAUUCAGUCAGUGACCAACGCUAUUCAGAUGGAAGGCAAGCUCAAAAAGAAAAAAGACGAUUGAACUCGAAAAGUUUGAACAGUUUUUCAGGCCAAACGCCUACUAAAAGAGCCACCUGGCCACCAGACCAAACUUCACGAUUCAUGUAAAUUUUGUAAAGACUGAUACCUUGAACUGAUUGUACAUAUAAAAUAUAUUUGUAAAUAAGAGGAUUUAUAUUGAAGAAAGUUGUUUUAGUAUCGUUUUAAAUUUUUUCCAAAGUUGUUAAUUUCUAAUAAAAUUAUUUCUUGUUGAUUUUA